CUCCCUUUCCGGCCGACCGCUUUGCUUUCUGGGGCUUUGUGAGGCCAUGGCCGCUGGAGGUCCUGAUGUGCGGGCCGUGGAUGUAGAGGAAGAUGCUUCGCAGCUCGUCUUUCCCAAGGAAUUUGAGACUGCUGAAACCCUUCUAAAUUCAGAAGUGCACAUGCUUCUUGAACACCGGAAACAGCAGAAUGAGAGUGCAGAAGAUGAGCAAGAGCUCUCUGAAGUCUUCAUGAAAACUUUGAACUAUACUUCUCGCUUCAGCCGCUUCAAAAACCGAGAGACCAUUGCUAGUGUUCGCAGUUUGUUGCUCCAGAAGAAGCUCCAUAAAUUUGAACUGGCAUGUUUAGCUAAUCUAUGUCCUGAGACGGCUGAGGAAGCCAAAGCUUUAAUUCCCAGUUUAGAGGGUCGGUUUGAAGAUGAAGAGUUGCAGCAAAUUCUUGAUGAUAUUCAGACAAAACGAAGCUUUCAGUAUUAAAAGAAAUUGCCAGACCUGUCUAUAGUCUGAACAUUGCAAGGCAUUGGGGGUGAUACCCACAUUUGUUUUCAUGUACUGGACCAAGCCUGGAUUUCAUUUUGAAAACAAAAGCUGAUGCAGGAUAGAUAACAUUUUGUGUUGCACCCCACACAUGCUUUAAAAUGGGGGUUGUAGCUCUCUGGACUUGCUGAAUUAUUGACAGAGUUGAAAAGAUUCAUGUGAUAUAAACCCAUAGAACUUUGAUAAUAUUGGUCUGAUUGAUGUAAUACUCAUUUCUAUAUGUUUGUGUUCACCCUGGCAAUAUGCAUAAAGUUUUUGAGGUCAGAAGGAAUAAAUGAAGGCACAAUUUUCAGUUUGAACACGUGUUCCCUAAGAUUAAAGGAACAGGAGUGAUACCACUUUUUUAGAAUUCUGAAUAUAGAAUCAGGAUUAAUAAAUUUGUGCUGUUUUGUGAUGUGUUGAUCAAGAUUCUGAGUUCUCAGUUGUAGGAAUAUUUUUUUACAAUUGUUUUGUGAGAAUUAAAGUGCAGUAUUUCUAAGGA